AGGGAAAUUGACUGAUUGGUUUAAAAGUUUAACGGACUCCAACCAAUAGUCGAGUGACAGACGGGUUUAAAGAUUGAGAACUGCAGCUCGUAAGAUUCAUCUGUCAUUCUCAGAGAUCAAGCAGACGAUCGCAGCAGAAGAACAUGAGCGGCAGAGGCAAAACCGGCGGUAAGGCGAGAGCUAAGGCCAAGACUCGCUCCUCUAGAGCGGGACUUCAGUUCCCCGUGGGCCGCGUCCACAGGCUCCUCCGUAAAGGCAACUAUGCGGAGCGAGUGGGUGCCGGCGCCCCAGUGUAUCUGGCCGCCGUGCUCGAGUACCUGACCGCCGAGAUCCUCGAGUUGGCCGGAAACGCCGCUCGGGACAACAAGAAGACUCGCAUCAUCCCCCGUCACCUGCAGCUGGCGGUGCGCAACGACGAGGAGCUGAACAAGCUUCUGGGCAGAGUGACCAUCGCUCAGGGCGGCGUGCUGCCCAACAUCCAGGCCGUGCUGCUGCCCAAGAAGACCGAGAAGCCCGCCAAGUCCAAGUAAACGGACGGGACUUCGUCUUCUGUAAACCCAAAGGCUCUUUUAAGAGCCACCCACAUUAUCAA